UUAAUAAUUUUUUGUAACCAUAGGAACUAUACGUCAAACUUAUAUAUUGAUCAAAUAAACAGACCAUUUACAAUUUUAUACUUUUUAUAAUUUUUCUAAACUAUCAAAGUAGUAAAAUGGCAACCGAUUUAAAAGAGAAGAUGGAUGUACUGAAUCCUGAACAUCACCUUUUGGAUAAUUUCCAAAAGGCACUCAAAGAAUAUCUUUUGAAUCAAAUACAACGUACGAAAGACGAAGUUUUUGAAGUUGAAACAGAAACUGAAGUCAAAAAAACGCAAAUUGAAGAGCUGGGAGUUCAAGCGUACGAAUGUCAACAAAAAGUACACAAACAGCAAAAGGAACUGGAAAUACUUAUCCAAAAUAUAGAUACGACAAGAGAAAUCAACGAAAAGGAAGAAAAAGACUUGGAAGAAAACAAGAAGGAACUGAAAAACAUCGAAAAUAAACUUUUCCAAACGGAAAAGAAUAACAGAGAUUUACUUAGAGAAAUAGAGUCUCUAACUUUGUUAAACAGACAACUAUCAAACUCUGAGAGAAACAUUGAGAAUCAUAUCAAUGUGAAUAGGAGAAGAGUAGAAAAAACCAAAUUAGAAAAAAAUAAAUUGAUGACAGAAAAAGCUAGACAAGAUUAUAUGGUACAUUCGCUAAACGAAGCUAUAUGGAAACAAGAGAGCGAAUUGGAAACUUUGAGCUAUCAGCAACGAGUACGUGAAAAGGAGUUGGAAGAUUUGGAAGGGAAUGUAGCUGUUGGUAAUACAACUAUAGCGGCUCUUCAAUCUGAAUACAGAGGUCUCAUGCAUGCCUGGAAGACUGUAGUGAUAGCGAUUGGUAAUAGAGACAAAGGUUUAGAAAUUCUACAGCAAGACUUGGCGAAAUUACAAGAAAAACACAAAACUAUGAUAACUCAAAUCGUACAAAUACGUAAAUUUACAAAAAACGAAAUGCUCGCCAAUGAAUCUUCAACUUUAACGAAAAAACGGAUUCUCGGUGAGAUAAAAGCUACUAAAGCCGAUCUGGCAGUUCAACUCGAGAAAAAAACUGUGUUGGAGAAUCAGAUGGUUACACUUCAAUCCAUUUUGGAUCAAACAGAACAAGAUUUAAAAAUAUUAGAAGAUGAUGUGAAACAAAAGCAGCUGGCCGCUGAGAGCGUAAUGAAAACAUACAACCUCGUAUACAUGAAGAAGACUAAUUUAGAAGAAGAAAUAUUGAAAUACGUCCAAAGCGAAUUAACACAUAACAGAAUGGGUAAUAAAGUGAAAAAUCUAAUGGAACAAUCUCGAAAAAAACGCAUAGAGGUACAAUUUUUACAAAGCAAAUUACAAAACAAAUACAGUUUGUUUGAAACCGAAGCGGAGUACCAUAAAUGUAAAAACGAAGAAAUGAUGCAAGUCGAUAAGGAUUUGAAAGAGCAAUUUAUAAAUCUCGAAAAAGAAUUGAAGAUAUUACAGAAAAAUAAGGAAAAGUUCGAAUUUCGUUACAGAAAAAAAGAACGAUACCUAGGAGCCCUGAAAGAUAAAAUAGAACUGAUUGUUGAAAAGAACGCAGGAGAACUGACAACUAAAGAAGAAUCGAAAUUGAUGGAAUUAGAAAAAAGUAUAGAAGAAAUUAAGGGUACUAUUAAAAUUUUACAAAUAGUUUGGUUGCGAGAACAGAAUAACAUACUCGCCAUAUCGGCCGAACGUCAAGAUCAAAUUCACAAUAUCAAUUUAUUGAAGAAACAAUUAUUGAUACUCGAACAGAAAAAUAUCAGGAUAUCUGAAGAAAUUGACGAAAUAAAAAAUCAAGAAGCUAAAGUGAAACACAAUAUUAAUAUACUUACUAAUAAAUCUAUGAUACUUUGCAAUCAAGUUUUCAAGGAGAAGAACAAGAGAAACGAUCUCGAUCAAAGCAACACUCUACUACAGACAACAUACGAAACCAGAUUGAGAGAUGCUGAAUUGCAACUAUUACAAAUUGCAGCUGAAAUAACGGAUAUAGAAGAAGAUAAAGUCACACUUAGCAAAGAACUUGUUGAUAUCAACAGAGAGGUUAUGGAAUGGGAAAAAAAUUAUAUGAUAGCAAAAGAAACAUUAGCAACUCUAAAAGAAGCCAAAGGUACCGGCGGAGAACUGUCAUCCAUGAAAUUAGAAAUACAUAAAAUGGAAGUAAUUCUUGGACAGUUGAAGAAGGCGCAAGAUAAAUUACUGAAAGAUCUGGAACACUGUAUAUGCAGAAGGGAAAAUAUUUUUUUCACAUCUCAAGCAAUUCAAAGUAAAGAUUGUUCGAAGAGAUCUGAUCCGGGUGAAAAAAUAAGGAUGAACUUCGCUAGAAAACUAGACAAUAUAAAAAACCAAAUAAAGCAAACUAGAAACGAUGUAGCGGCGAUAAAAAAGAAAAUAGAAUUACAAGAAAAGAAAAAACAAACGAUGUUCAAAAAAAUCCAACAUUUCCAAGAGCAGAUCACUUUUUACAAAGGAAAAAUUUCAGGUUGUGAAGCCGAUUUGGAAGAAACGAAAAUGAACAGAGAGUUCAAGUUCGAAUUGUUGGUUUUGAAUCAAAGGAAAGCUUACAUGUAUAAACAAAUAAUAAAAAAACGGAAACCAUACGUUAUUUAUAAACAACAAGAUUUGGCUUACGAAUUCCAAAAAGCUAAAUCGACUAACGGUUUAUUAGUGAAAAUUAUAAAGACUCUCAAAGAAGAUUAUCCCGAUAAGAAAAACUUAUUUAUUAGAAUAGAAAAUUUGUUAGGAUUAGUUUCUUUAUGUAUGUAUGUCUAAUUUUUUCAAUAUACACCAAUUGUAAUCUUUAAAAUAAAGUGACACAAACAUAAUAACAAAAAAAAAA